UCUGCCGGCGCGUGCGCGGAAGCGGAGGGGGACGCGGAGCGGAGCCCGGCACUCGGCAACGCUCGGCGGUUUCCGUGCAGGCCAGGCCGCCAUUUUCUCUCAGCUCCCCGUGCGCGGCUCCUGUCCCGCUGCCCGCGCUCUGUCCUGCUCGGCGAUGGACGGCAUUGUCACUGAUGUUGCCGUUGGUGUGAAGAGAGGAUCUGACGAACUUCUUUCAGGCAGUGUACUCAGUAGCCCGAACUCUAACAUGAGCAGCAUGGUAGUUACUGCCAAUGGUAAUGACAACAAGAAAUUCAAAGGUGAUGAUAAAAUGGAUGGGGCUCCUUCUCGUGUUCUUCAUAUCAGGAAAUUGCCUGGGGAAGUGACAGAAACAGAAGUUAUUGCUUUAGGUUUACCUUUUGGUAAAGUAACCAACAUCCUGAUGCUGAAAGGGAAAAACCAGGCAUUUUUGGAACUUGCCACAGAAGAAGCAGCUAUCACUAUGGUUAAUUACUACUCUGCUGUGACACCUCAUCUUCGUAACCAACCCAUUUAUAUCCAGUAUUCCAAUCAUAAAGAGCUAAAGACUGAUAACACACUUAACCAGCGGGCCCAGGCUGUUCUUCAGGCAGUGACGGCUGUGCAGGCAUCAAACGCUCCCAUUAGUGGGACCACUGUUAGUGAGAGUGCAGUGACUCCAGCUCAGAGUCCAGUACUUAGAAUAAUUAUUGACAACAUGUACUAUCCAGUAACCCUGGAUGUUCUUCAUCAGAUAUUCUCUAAAUUUGGUGCUGUAUUGAAGAUAAUCACAUUCACAAAGAAUAACCAGUUUCAAGCUUUACUGCAGUUUGGUGAUCCAGUAAACGCACAGCAAGCAAAACAAGCCUUAGACGGUCAGAAUAUUUAUAAUGCUUGCUGUACCCUACGAAUUGAUUUUUCCAAAUUGGUGAAUUUGAAUGUCAAGUACAACAACGAUAAGAGCAGGGACUACACUCGUCCUGACCUUCCAUCUGGCGAUGGACAGCCAACUCUGGACCCAGCUAUUGCUGCUGCAUUUGCCAAGGAGACCUCUCUUCUAGGGCUUCCUGUUGCAGCUGUUCCAGGAGCUCUGAGUCCUUUAGCUAUUCCAAAUGCUGCUGCUGCAGCUGCAGCUGCUGCUGCUGGCCGUGUGGGAAUGCCUGGAGUUUCAGCUGGUGGCAAUACAGUCCUCCUGGUUAGCAAUUUAAAUGAAGAGAUGGUUACGCCCCAAAGUCUGUUUACCCUCUUCGGUGUUUAUGGUGAUGUGCAGCGUGUGAAGAUUUUAUACAAUAAGAAAGAUAGUGCUCUUAUACAGAUGGCUGAUGGAAACCAGUCCCAGCUGGCCAUGAGCCAUCUUAAUGGACAAAAAAUGUAUGGAAAGAUCAUUCGGGUUACCCUUUCUAAACAUCAGACAGUACAACUACCUCGAGAGGGACUGGAUGACCAAGGGCUGACUAAAGAUUUUGGUAAUUCACCUUUGCACCGCUUCAAGAAACCUGGUUCCAAAAACUUCCAAAAUAUAUUUCCUCCUUCUGCAACACUUCAUCUGUCCAAUAUUCCACCAUCAGUAGCAGAAGAGGAUCUACGCACAUUGUUUGCUAACACUGGAGGCACUGUGAAAGCAUUUAAAUUUUUUCAAAGAGAUCACAAGAUGGCGCUUCUUCAGAUGUCAACAGUAGAAGAAGCUAUUCAGGCUUUGAUUGAUCUUCACAAUUACAAUCUGGGAGAAAGUCACCAUCUGAGAGUCUCUUUCUCUAAGUCAACUAUUUAAAAAGGCAGAUAGAGAAUGAAGGUGUAUUGCAUUGUUUGGUGUUGUCACCUUUUGACUGUUCAGGAAAGUGGGGACCAGAGUUUGUCUUCUGUUUUUUUAUUUUUUCAUGCUGUUACCAUUCCUUGAUUGUUUUAAAAAAAUAAUUAAAAAAAGGCAGUGAUCUUAACUGCUUUUCAAGUGUUCAACAGUUGUUUAGAUAAACCAUUGUUUUGUUUAAAAGAUUUCAAGUUAAUACGACAUUUUUUCAACUUAGUUGACGUACGUGCCUUAAAAAGGAAAAUUAGUACUGCUGGAAUUGCAUAACUAGUAAAAAGCAAAUUUGGUUGUCUGGGGCACAUUGUUACAUGAUAAUUUAAAUAUGUUUAGGCAGGGGUGUGUAAAAAGGUUAAGUUUUUGUUUUCUCCUGCUUGAUAGAUUUCUUUAUCUGCUGGCUUAUCACUUAUUUCCUUUUUAAUUGGAUAAAAUGCAUUACACUGAAAAAGUAAAAUUAUUUUAUUUGAUUUUUGCUACUUUUUGCUAUGUGUUCUUUUUUAAAAAAAGCCUUUUGUAUUUCAUUGUUCUGGUCUAGAUUCAGUUAUGAAUGUAGGCAUUAGUUAAAAUUAACAAGGUACAGAAUAUUAAUUUCUUAAAGGACAAAAAGUGACUUCUGUGACUUUGAGCCCUACGUGAAAAGCAUUGUGGAAUCUUAACCUUUUUGUACACACUCUUGUGGGAUGUAUCAUAUAAAUGUCAGCACUAAGUAAUGUCUUGUUUGUGGCUGAAUAUUUUUCGUAGAUGUUUUUGAAGUUGACAUGACUUACGUGCAUUUCAAUAUAUAUUGCCAUCUUUAGUUUGUAAUUAAGAUAUGGAAUAUGGUUGUGGAUUUCUGAGCAUGUACAGACUGGUCAAGCUAGUUCAGGAAAUGGUGCAUGUAUUUUUCAAUGAUGAAGAAAGUUUGCUGCAGAUGCUUGCAGGAAAUUUUGUGGCAGUUUUCUAAAACUGACAACCAGGUGGGACCAAAGUUUAUGUGCCUUUAGUCUUAAUUUACCUUGCAUUGUAAUAUUCAGUUUUAAUAAAUCUCUUCAAAAUAUUUUGUAUUUAGAAAUUGAUCUGACUUUACUAUAAACAUGGCUCAGAAUCUGCAGAUCCAGUUAAUUUGAAAGCAGUUCACUGACAGUCUGAACUGUUACCUUGAUUCUGUUUAAAUGACCAAUACUUUUUGAAAUUGAUGUACUUAGUUUCAAGAUUCAUAGAUUCUGUUAUCUAUGUAGAAAAAAAAGGUCAUGUAUAUUUUCUAUUAGUUGAGUUUUUACAUCUUUAGAAUUGUAAAAUUCAGUAUAGUUUGGAAGUGGCACAAUUAAAAAUUAAUUUUCUAACAAAGUUGGGAGGUUUGAUGGUUGUUUAAUUUCAUUUUGUGUGUACUCUGCUUACCUCUGUAGCAUGCUCAAUAAACACUUCUGUAGCUCUGUAUUCACCUUUUCUGUCUUUCUCUGCUGCUUUCUAUCUCUUCUCUUCUUUGUUUUCCACUUCUACUGUGCUUCUAAAUUCAUGUUAUUCUCUGCCAGGGUGGGAAAAGCAUAACAUUAAAAACUACUAUUUAUGGCUUUUUACCAUAAAUCUGAUGCUGUGAAAAAUACCAACUCUUUAUGUUCAGAUAGUGACCCCUUUGCAGGCAUGUGUGCAAAUUAAACAUUUCCCACCCUGUUAUAACUUACUGCUUUAAAGACAUAACCUUUAUUGUAGUUUGUUAGCUCUCUCUUUCUAUCUUUUUAGUUUUUAAGCAGAUUUGUGCACUAAUAGAUCUCUCAGGUUUGCCAUGCUCUCUUGCUGCAAGUUUCAUCUUUCAUUUUUUUUGUGUGUGCUAUAAAGAUUUUCUACUAAUCAUACAGUACACUCAUGGGUGAAAGUAACAAAGGAUUUCACAUGAGAUCCGUGGACCAUACAUGUUUGAGAACAGGAUGCUUCACCUUUUCAGAGUCAUGGGUUCAAAUGAAUAUUAGAACAGUUUGGGCACUUCGGUAGUUUUUCUGUAUAUUACUUUGAACUGAUUGUUGUGGGGGUUUUUUCCCUUUCAGUUAGAAAUAGGAUUUUACACAGUUGCCAUUUAAGAGUAACUGAAUGAUCCUGGAGCAUUCACUUAAGCUGUCAGCAUUCAAGUCAAAGCAUUUUUCAGUCACUUUUCCAGUACAACCACUGUAGGUACAUUGAUGUCAGAAUACUUUGUGAACUGAUGUCUUCCUUUGGGUGGCUUUCAAAUCACUAAAUAGCUCUCAGCUUUUGAAGGUCAUGGUAUAAUGUAGGGGCUUGCAUUAGUCUUAAUACAUUAAACAAAAUGCAUUUUAUCAGAAUUACACUCAAUAUAUGAUUUAAGUCAUACUCCAGGUAAUGCAGUGAUCAACCAAUCUGAAGUGCUGAUAGAAUCCUAUUCAUCCAUACUCAAAGUUUGGGAAUCAGCAUUUUUUUCCAAUUGGAGCACCCAAAUGCACAGAUGUGACUAUUUCCAGUGAUUUAAGCAGUAGUUAAGGGUCUGACUGAGCUGAUCUGUUACAUUUUUCAUCUGUACAAUAUGAUGUCCCAUAUUUUUCUAAAAUAAAAGCGUGUCAGAUUUCCUUUUGUGUAUCAGAAUGUGCUUGCGUGUUUCAGCUAGAAAUGUGACUUGAAAUUUGCCAUUCUGUGUGUUCAGCUUGUGCUGAAAUGUUUCCACUCCAAAAUGUGUAUCAGAUAGCAUACAGCGAUUGCCAUAUGUGUAAUUUUGAAAUAACUGUAAACAUCUGCACUGUCUGAUUGUGUACAAAUGUAGGGGUUUAUAAAAGGGUAACUUACAUUCUUCUUGCCAGGCUUGUUUCCUUAAAAAGAAGUUUCUAUACUUUUCUCAUUUUGAAAACUUCUGUGGCAAAAACCUCAAGGGAAAGAGUAUAUAUUGGCUUUGACUUAUUAUAAAUUCAGCAGCUUUUAUUACAAGGUUAUAUUUGUAUCAGCCAAAAUUAAAAGUAAUGACAGUCAUAAUUGUCAUGAAAGCAUUUUUUAUUAAUCUGAAGAAAAUCACUGUUCAGUUAUGGAUACUUAGUCUUUAAAGUGGUAUCUCUUCAGAAAAUACAGACUUAGUAAUGUCUUAACUCCUAGAACUUUCAAAAACUUCUUUUUCAUGAGAUGGUAAUGCAUUUUGUAUAGUAAUUUGUACAUUUUUGUUGUUAUAAAAUGUAAAUAAGUUUCUGUAUUUUUAGCUCUUCAGAAUGUGAAAAGCAUCACUUUUAUUAAAAUUUUACUAAAAAUAA